AAAUAAUUUUGAGUUAAAUAAACGAUUCGUAAAUUUUCGAUUUGUAAAAAAAACAUUCAUCAUUUUGUUUUCUCUAUUCGGCAAUGCUGAUCUAUUUGCAAUACAAUACGAUAAAGUUUUCUGACAUACGACAACAAUAAAUUCAGAAGCCAAACCAGCCGACCUGUUAGUAAACGCACCUGACGCUCUGCAAAAUUAAUAUUUUCUUUGAAACUAUCAGCCUUUUGGCUGAAUAUUUUAUGAAAAUGCGUGCUUUGGGAAUAUCUGUUCUGAGUAUGGCACUAACAUGCUUAGUAGUAGGUAACGCCUACUAUCAAAAGAAACAAUUCUAUCCAUCCGUAGUUUACAUUACUAAAUCCAAUCCGAGCAUGGCGGUAAUCUACAUACAAUCCCUUGUUUUGGUUUUAAUGCUCGGUAAACUUAUGAAAAAAAUAUUUCUUGGAACUUUACGAGCUGCAGAAUUCGAGCACUUGAUGGAAAGAUUUUGGUACGCGCUUACUGAAACCUGUCUAGCUUUUACCGUUUUCAGAGACGAUUUCAAUCCAAAGUUUGUAGCAUUAUUCACAGUUUUGUUGUUUUUAAAAUCAUUUCACUGGUUGGCGGAAGACCGUGUAGAUUAUAUGGAGAGAAGUCCAGUGAUAGGAUGGGUAUUUCAUUUGAGAGUUGCAGGGUUAUUAGUGUGUCUUGGCGUCCUUGAUUAUCAGCUUAUCUCGUAUGCAUACCAAUCAACAAUUGCCAAAGGAGCCACCGUCCAAUUAGUUUUCGGUUUCGAAUAUGCUAUCCUCAUGACUAUGGUACUGAACAUUGCUAUCAAGUACAUGUUCCAUGCUGCCGAAUUACGCUCGGAUACUCCGUGGGAAAAUAAAGCAGUAUUUUUACUUUAUACUGAACUCAUCGUAGGGUUUAUCCGUGUGGUACUAUAUGUCAUUUUUGUAGUUCUUAUGGUAAAGAUCUACACAUUGCCGCUUUUUGCAUUCCGACCAAUGUACUACACAAUGAGAAAUUUCAAAAAAGCUCUGAACGAUGUUAUUUUAUCUCGUCGAGCAAUCCGAAAUAUGAAUACACUGUAUCCAGACGCAACACAGGAGGAAUUACAACUUUCCGAUAAUAUUUGCAUUAUUUGUCGAGAAGAUAUGAUUAACAGUUCAAAAAAAUUGCCAUGUGGCCAUAUAUUUCAUACUGCCUGUUUGCGAUCAUGGUUUCAGCGGCAACAGACAUGCCCCACUUGUCGAUUAAACAUUCUUAGAACGCCUCUCACAACAAUCAGCCCUAGCCCUGUGCAGCAAGUUGGAAAUGAAAUUGGCAAUCAGGUGAAUCAUGAAGGCAAUCGAUCAAGUCCAGCAGGUGUAACGCCAAAUGUUCUAAACAACAAUGCAUUAAACACAACAGAAGUUCCUCUCGUGGGUGGUUCACCAUUCGUACCACAGUUUCCAUUUGUGGGAUUUCCAUCAUAUGGAAUACCAUUGCCACCAGUCCCCCCUGCUUUGGACACAUUGACUGAGGAUGAACUAAGAGCAAUGGAAGGAAAUGAACGUCGUCAUAUUGAGGAACGGUUGAGGCAUCUUCAAAAUAUUCGGACUCUAAUGGAUGCUUCCAUAGCAUUGAUGAACCAAUACACCGCUCUUGUAUCUCGAUUGCCGCCAUACCACACAACAAUCGAGGUUAAUCCUGAUAGUAACAUUGCAGAAAAUAUAGUUCAUACUAAUGCAGAAACAGCAGCUUGUGUUACUCAAGAUUCAGCAAAUAAUUAUUCUUUAUUCUCACAAGAAGCGAAUACUGCUAGACUAGAAGACUUGGGAAGUGACGACGAAUCUGCGGCAAUCAAAGUACAUCUUCCUAGCACGAGCAAGGAACUUAUAAUCACACCAGAUCAGCAACAGCAACCGACAGCAACAAUUUCCGAAGUUCCGGUUAGUUCCGGUAGUAGUAGUAGCAAUCUUAAAAUAACUGAGAGCUCUGAAAGAAGUGAAAUUCGUCGUAGGAGAUUGGAAAAAUUUGAUUCUCGAACCAAUUCAGAUUAAAAAUAUUAAAGGCACUUGAGACUGUAGCGAAGAUAACGAAAGAGGCGAAUAGGUCUUGGUGAUUGCAAGUUAAUCGUUGCUGCAUUGAAAAGCUGUGAAAUAAAGAAAAUAUGUAUGUCUGGUAAGCUAAAACUGAGCGUCAGACGCUUGCCAAAUGUUUCAAAAUUGGAAUGUAAAUUCAAAGAAGGAGCAAAUACCUAAGUUAUUCACUAAUAAUUUUGUAGCAUUUU